AUGCGAUAUUUCACCGUUUUUCUGACGGCUUUGCCCAUUUUUGGAGUAAUUUCAGUGGAUAAAUUCGAGAUGCCCGAGUUUUUUGAGAUUAAUGUCAAUCGUGAAAAUCCAGACGAGAUUUAUAAGGCUUUUGAGGAUUUUAAGAUUAAAUACCACCGAAAGUAUAAGGAUGAGUCGGAGGCUCAGCAAAGAUUCAACAACUUUGUGAAGUCAUACAAUAGUGUUAAUGCUCUAAACGCAAAAUCCGCCGAACGUGGACUCGACACGAAGUUCGCAAUCAACAAAUUUGCUGAUCUAUCAUCGCAAGAGUUCAGUGGCCGCCUCUCUCACGCUGCUCCAAAUAAUACGGGCAUUCCAAUGCUCGACUUGGAAAAAGAUAAAUCUUUUUUUCGCGCAACCGAGACAAACAAAACAAGACAUAAACGGAGAUCGACGAGAUACCCCGACUACUUUGAUCUGAGAACCGAAAAAGUGAAUGGGCGGUUCAUAAUUGGUCCUGUCAAGGAUCAAGGAAAGUGUGCUUGCUGUUGGGGGUUCGCGGUGGCUGGUUUAGUGGAGACAGUCAAUGCAGCGAAUGAAGGGAGAUUUACAUCUCUCUCGGAUCAAGAACUCUGCGACUGUGGAACGGAGGGAACCCCUGGUUGUCAGGGAGGUAGCUUGGUACUAGGUGUGGAGUAUGUCAGAAGGUACGGACUUUCGGCCGAAGAAGAUUAUCCAUAUGAUCAAGCACGUGCGUACUCGACAGACCAAUGUCGAGCAAGGAUGACGGAAAGAGUUGUGAGAGCGAAAUCGUUCAACUUUGCAAGGAUCAACACCAGGAAAGCUGAGGAACAGAUCAUUCAUGUGCUCACAAAAUGGAGAGCUCCAGUGGCUGUCUACUUCAAAGUGGGAGAACAGUUCAAACAUUAUGAGAGAGGUGUCAUUAUCGACGAUGACUGCAGAGGCGCCAAAGACUGGCACGCUGGAAUAAUUGUUGGAUAUGACACAAUCCGAGAUAACCGUGGACGAUCCUACAACUAUUGGAUUAUUAAAAACUCAUGGGGUGAUUGGGCAGAAGAAGGGUACGUGCGAGUAAUUCGAGGACAAGAUUGGUGUGCGAUCGAAGACAGCCCAAUGACUGGGGAUAUUCGGAGUCAUGAUGACUAUUAUUAA